UUCCGAGAGAAAUAUGGAGAUGUGUUCACUGUGUACCUGGGGCCAAGGCCUGUAGUCAUGCUGUGUGGGCCAGAGGCCAUAAGGGAGGCCCUGGUGGACCAAGCUGAGGCUUUCUCUGGCCGGGGAACAACUGCUACCGCGGAGCCUGUCUUCCAGGGAUAUGGGGUGAUCUUUGCUAAUGGGGAACGCUGGAAGGCCCUUCGGAGAUUCUCCUUGUCCACCAUGAGGGACUUUGGGAUGGGAAAGCGGAGCGUGGAGGAGCGGAUUCAGGAGGAGGCUCAGUGCAUGGUGGAGGAGCUGCGAAAAUCCCAGGGAGGCCUUGUGGACCCCAUAUUCCUCUUUCAUUCUUGUGUGAAUUGAGGUGCAGAAGUUAGGAAGUGGAUCAACAAUAAUCAAGCCCCUUCUUUGGCAAAUAUAAACCAGUUAGGGGUUAAAAGUGAUAAAUUGCCUCAAGGAUCUUCUGGAGUUCUGCUUCCCAGGAUACAGCUCACUCGGAAUGACUUUUUCCUUGCUCAGAACGAUCACACACUGUGUUUGUCACCUCCUUGUGUUCCAUGUUCUGUGCUAAACGGUUCUAUGUAAACAUAUCCUCUCCAUUGCCCCAGGUGAUGGGUGCCAGUGUCAUGCCCAUUUUACAGAUGAAUAAGAGAGGUCAGACAAUGGCAACAGCUGCUUGAGGUCACAAUGCCAGUGAGUGGAGGAGCAGAUUGAUCCUCCAGUGUAAAGCUCAAACUCUUCACUAUUGCACCACUGAAUGAAGAUCAAAUUAACCUAACAUAAAAUGGACCAUUCUAACAUCAAUUAAGUGCUACAUAGUUCAUCUACAAGAUUGUACCUCUGGGAGAGGUUGGAGUUGGAAAUUGGUCUCAUGUGUGAGGGCAGGACGGAGCCACCGUGCCUCAAGUAGUCAAGCCAUCUUAGUCUUGAAAAAGUAUCCUGACUUGAUAGUUGCUAGGCAACAUUGCAAGAGUAUAAAUAAACAUUCCUACUGUUGACGUUAGGUCCUCUUGCACAUCGGGUAAGAGGUUGCCUCCACCUAACCCAGCUCUUCUCUCUUGAUUUUAUUUUCCUCGUACCCACUGCUGUUCCUCCCCGGGAUAUAAAAAGAGACCCAAGAAGUCCGUUACAGUACCCAUAUCACUCUCUAGUUUCAGACAAGUUUGUCACUUUCCCCCAAACAUUGUACUUAUUUAGCAGCCACUCCCUGAUCUCCUUUCCCCAGCCCCUGGAAAUACCAAUCUCAUGUCUGUCUCAAUGGAUUUGCCUUCUGGUCUUCUGGAUAUUUCAUAUUUCCUCUGUGGAAGGCACACUUGGACUCCACCUCUUGAGCUGCGUGAUUCUGUACUGGCACCAUGGAUUCCCUCAUAUUUUGCUUUAAAUCUCCUGAGAAUCAAAUAAACCUGAAAAGCUUGAUCACCCUGUCAGAAGGUGAUCCCUGCCA